AUGACGUCCGGGGCGGCGGCCGCGGCGGCGGGGAGGAAGCCGACGUGGAAGGAGAGGGAGAACAACAAGAGGCGGGAGCGGCGGCGGCGGGCCAUCGCCGCCAAGAUCUUCAUGGGGCUCCGAGCACUCGGGAACUGUCGUCGUUGUCGAUCUGGUCUCGAACUGGUACUCGGCGUGGUCGGAGAGGUCGGCGGUGACGACUACGAGGAGGAGAUGGAGGGGGCGGGCAGCAGCCGGACGGUCCAGCCCACCGCCGACGCGUACAGCAACCUGACAAACGCGUCGUUAUUCCCCUCUUCAACCUUCCUCGAUUGUAUACAUGGCAGCAGCGCAGCACGUCGUCGUCCGGCCAUGGACGUCACGGGAGCUGGUCAGGCCAUGGAGGAGCAGUGA